UAUAUAUUAUGCUUUGUGUCCAAAGAUUCAUUGGAAUGUCAUUAUUGAUAACAUUCUUAUGCUCUCGACGUUUGCUCCUCGAGGCGGAUUUCCCUUGGCAUGAAUAGUUAACCCCUAUGUUUUCUGUUUUCCAUGAAAUUUCCUUUUUCUUAACAUAUAUAUAUAUAUAUACACACAUAUACAUUCGUAUAUGUAUACUUCAUCGGCCGCUCCAUUAUAUGUAUUAGUUCACAUUCUCUUCUCUCCACAGACGACGUGCAGAGAGCUUGUGUGCAACAUCAAUGGGAACUGAACCUCCUGCUGCUCCUGAUCAAAACUCUGAAACCCAAAGCAAUGUCACAAGUAAUAUUGAAGAGAAACUAGCAAAGCAGAAGGAAAUUGAUGACUGGCUUCCAAUCACUUCUUCAAGAAAUGCAAAGUGGUGGUACUCAGCUUUCCACAAUGUUACAGCCAUGGUUGGUGCUGGCGUCCUCAGUCUUCCUUACGCCAUGUCCAAUCUUGGAUGGGGUCCGGGUGUCGUAAUUCUGACCCUAUCAUGGGUAACAACUCUAUACACUCUAUGGCAAAUGGUGGAGAUGCAUGAGAUGAUUCCAGAUAGAAGAUUUGAUAGGUACCAUGAACUGGGUCAGUAUGCCUUUGGUGAAAAGCUAGGGCUAUACAUAGUGGUGCCCCAACAGCUGAUCUGUGAGGUUGGUGUUGACAUUGUCUAUAUGGUCACUGGUGGGAAAUCACUACAGAAGAUUCAUAACCUUGUUUGUAAAGGUUGCAAAGAGAUCAAAACAACUUACUUCAUCAUGAUCUUUGCUUCUGUUCACUUUGUUCUCUCUCACCUCCCGAAUUUCAAUUCCAUUUCGGGUGUGUCUUUGGCUGCAGCCGUCAUGUCUGUCAGCUACUCAACCAUUGCUUGGACGGCUUCAGUUCACAAGGGUGUCCAACCAGAUGUUCAAUAUGGCUACAAAGGCAAAGAUGCAACAGAUACAGUGUUUAAUUUCUUCACUGCAAUGGGAGAUGUGGCAUUUGCCUAUGCAGGCCAUAAUGUGGUCCUGGAGAUUCAGGCGACAAUACCCUCCACGCCAGAGAGGAAAUCAAAAGGACCCAUGUGGAAAGGAGUGCUUGUGGCCUAUAUUAUUGUGGCCUUCUGCUACUUCCCUGUUGCCCUAAUUGGGUAUUGGAUGUUUGGCAACAAUGUCGAAGAUAACGUCCUUAUCUCCUUGGAGAAACCUACAUGGCUUAUUGUGGCUGCUAACUUGUUUGUUGUCAUCCAUGUUAUUGGAAGCUACCAGGUAUACGCAAUGCCGGUUUUUGACAUGAUAGAGACUGUUCUGGUAAAGAAAUUGCAUUUCCGACCCACUAGAUUGCUUCGUUUUGUCUCUCGCAAUAUAUAUGUUGCACUCACAAUGUUUGUGGCCAUUUCUUUCCCUUUCUUUGGUGGUCUUCUUGGAUUCUUUGGAGGAUUUGCUUUUGCCCCAACAACAUAUUUUCUUCCUUGCAUCAUGUGGCUUGCCGUCUACAAACCACCGAAGUUUGGCUUAUCUUGGAUUACCAACUGGAUCUGCAUUAUACUAAGCCUCUUGUUGAUUGAUUCUGUCACCCCAUUGGAGGGCUAAGGAAUAUCAUACU